AUGAGGUUGCGUGAUUCGCCUGGCCAACCACACUUCACCUUCCCACCCUUCGACAAACUCCCCUCCAUCCAAGGCCAACCGCAAGGCUGCUGCUGGGGCCUCUUCGACAAAACCGGGCAAAAAGACGAACUCGGCACCCUCAACCUCCUAACCCCCGAAGUAAUCCAACACGCCUCCAAAGAAAUAAAAACAGGCCAACACAUCCAACUCGACUGGAACCUCUCCGACAACGUCGAAUUCCCCGGGUUCGGAAGAAAGAAACUCGAACAGAAAGUCAUCGACGCUCGCGUCACGACCAAAGGGAAAAUCUCCGGUUUCGAUGAUGAGAUUCAUAUGAACACGCAAUCCGGCUCGCAAUGGGACUCUUUCAAACACUUCGCUCAUCAGAAGACUGGGAUAUAUUACAACGGGCUUUCGCACGACGAGGCUUUGCGUUCGGAUCGGAAUGGGAUUCAUAAGUGGUGUGAGAAUGGGGGGAUUGUGGGGCGAGGGGUUUUGGUGGAUUGGUUGAGAUGGUAUGAAGCGAAACAUGGAGAUCCGCCUUCUGCGGUGAGUAGACAUGAGAUUCCGGUUUCGGAGUUGGAGGAGGCGUUGAGGUGGCAGGGGACGAUGACGAGAGUGGGUGAUGUUUUGCUUGUAAGGAGUGGGUAUACGAAGUGGCAUGAUUAUGCUGGACCGGCGGAGAGGAAGAAGGGGACGCAGGAGAAUGCUUUGGCGAUUGGGGUUGAGAAUAACGAGACGAGUGUUAGGUGGUUGUAUGAUCGUCAUUUUGCUGCUGUGGCCGGCGAUACUAUUGCUUUUGAGGCUUGGCCGCCGCCGUUUGAGAGUGGAUGGACAUUGCAUGAAUGGCUUUUGGUGCAGUGGGGCACGCCUAUUGGGGAAUUGUGGAAUCUGGAGGAGUUGAGCAGAAUGUGUGAGAAGGAGGGUCGGUGGACGUUUUUCUUGACUUCAGCACCUCUAGAUAUUAGAGGCGGCGUUGGUAGCCCGCCGGGAGCCAUUGCCAUAUUCUAG